AUGUCUACAAGAGUAGCGCGAAUGUCAUUGGCUCAGACCCCGAUAGAGCCAGGCGUUCAACUUCUGUUCGGCGCGAUGGCGACCAAGGCCGAGCCAUUUCCCUGUAUCCCCCCCCGGGAUCGGAAGGAUAAGCCUCGGGGUUUGAAUGGCGAUGCCGAAAGGAAGGAAGUCCAUUGGGGUAUCCCGAAACCCCCAUUGGGCACAUAA